AUGGAGAAUCCGAAUCCGACGGUCUUGGAGGACCGCGGAGAGUCGGACGAGGAGUUCGUCCUGCCGCCCGACGCGGCUGAGGGCUAUCCCUCCACCCGCACGCGCCUCGCGUCUCUCUUCAGUUCCUCCACACGAAAGGCGAAUUGGGUGUGUUCCCUCUCGAACCCGAAUAUCUUCUACUUCCCGCUUCUUCUUUCCUCGCCCAGCGACGAGGGCUCGCCGGAUGUCGAGGCUCGCCACAGGAUCAGGCCCGGCAAAAACUCAGCGCGGGCUUCUUGGGACGAACGAAGCUCUCCGUCGCAGCGCCCUGGCGCUGCGCACUCAAAAGCCAGCGCGCUGCAGGCGUUGGCAGGAAUCGCUGGAGGAGGGGGUCGCGGCUCCGCGGGGCAGAGGAAACGGGAUGUUCUCCAGCAGAUCCAAGACUUCAUUUCUCUUCUUAAGAGCGAAGGACAGGUGCGGGAUCUGUUGGAAAAACACGCCGACGGGUUAGGUACGCACAGCGGACGCGCGCGCCAGAGCGCCCCGAGGAGGCGGCAGCAAUGGCGUGAAGACGGGAGGAGAGGAUCGGAGGGAGCGGGAGCCACGGGGCGAGGAGAGAAGCCAGAUUGCCGAGAGCAAGGAGAGACGCCCGUGGGGGAAGUCCGCGACGAGGAGGGCGUCGUCCGCAGACGAGUGAACGUCGCGUGGAGAAAACGGCGACACCUGCGAAGACGCCUUCGCGCGAGGGAUCCUAUCACCGUCGAGGAGGUCUACAGCUACAUUAGGCACAUUCAGGACCCCGAGCAUCCUUACUCGCUGGAGCAGCUCGGCGUCGUUGCCCCCGACCGCCUCACCGUGAAUGCAGGCGAAGAUGAUUUUUCUGAUAUGGGCGUGAGUUCCUUUGAAUUCUCCGCGGACUCGCAAGUCGAAGGCGCAGGCCGCUGGGCUGAAGGGCGAAGCCGCAGACGCGCGAGACGAGCGCGACAGGGGCGCGUCCUGAAAGACGGCGCCGACGGCCUGUCUAUUUCUGAGAGCUACUGCGGUAGCGACGCAAGUGCCAGCAGUCUCUCCUCGGAGGAGAUCGAUGCACACGUGGAGCUUGAGGUUUUGGAAGCCUUGUUCCUCGGGCGAGGCAGUAGUCACUCUCAGGCACGAAGGGCGCAGUCGUGCUCUCCCUCCGUUUCGCAGUUUUCGCUCUCAGCCUCGUCGGACUCGCCUCCCGCUCCUGGAGAUUCGUCCCGCGCUGGAGAAUCCGACGGGCGGCGCGGAGCCCAGAAGACGCGGAGAGGCGUGGAAGCGAGUUGCGAAGUUCGCGCGAUGGAGCUCGCGCACAGAGGAGGGAGAAGACGACAGAGCGACGUCGCAGUCUCCUUCCAUCCUACAAUUCCUCACUGCUCCCAGGCGACGCUCAUCGGACUCUUGGUGCUCGUGAAGCUGCUCCGGUCGCUGCCCGUGUGGAUGAAGGCUGAAGUUCGCAUCAUCGAGGGGAAGCACGUUUCCUUCAAGACCAUCAAUCGGCAGCUGAAGGACAAGGAGCGAGUCAGCGCAGCGGUGGAAAAUCCUGCACUCUUCAAGGUCCUGAACAGGGGCUUGAUCGAAACAGAUGCGUGGAUGGACGUCACAGACCUUCUGCUGCUUCCAGAAUAG